AUGUUAUAAAAGGCUUAUAAAAAGAGCCUUGUUGAUUAAUAAACACCUUAAUUUAUAAAAUUGUCAACGAGUUUCUAAAAUCUUAGAAAAUAAUCCUUUCAAAUACAGAUGACGGUGUGCACUUUAAUCAAGGAAAGGGGAAAUAAAUUUUAUUAAAUGAGUAAAUUCAUAUAUCUCAAUAAAAAGAUGAUAUUUAAACUGCUUGCCAAAUUUAUGAGGAGCUAUAUUAAUUUUUGGAAUUCAGGGAAUUGAAAAAUAACACUCAAUAUUUGGUACAAUAUAACGGGAAAUCUCCAGAAGAAAUGAUUCUACUUAAUAGUAAGACAAUAUCCAUUACACUAGAACUCAAAAUAGCCAUCUUGAAUAAUAUAUCAGCCACUUAUCUCAAACUUUAAUUGUAUUAGUAAACUGUAGAAAUCACAACUUAUGUAUUAAAUCAUGAUCCGAAUUCUCCAAAAGCUUUAUUCAGAAGAGGAAAAGUAAAUUCUGUUUUUAUCUCCCUAGGCUCUAUUAUCACUUUCUCCUUUGACGAAUGAAAAUCUUUAUGCCUCAAUCGAAGAUCUUCAAAAAGCUCAAUAAAUUUAAACAGAUCAAUUAAUUCUCAGCACAUAUUAAUAAGCAAUAGAAAUUAUGAAUAAAAGGCAAUUAAAUCAGAUAAAUUUAAUUGAAAAUGCUAAUUUGACUUAUGAAAUUGAUUAUUCUAAGGAAAUCCCAUAAGAAAUUAAUGAAGUUAAGUAAUUUACAGAGAAAAAAGGAAUUGAAAUGCUAAAAGAUUUAUAGAAGUAAGGAAAGAUAAAAGAAGCAAAUGAAUUUUUAUAAGAGUUGAAUCAAAUUCAAGAAGCAAAAAAGUAACUAGAAAAAAUAAGCAGACUCAACUUUGAUAAACCAAAACCGGUAUCAAUCAAAUUAUUUAUACAUAGUAUCUUUAUGAAAUGAUUAAAAAAUUGGGUGUAAACUCAAUGUAGCUUUAAUAAGAAUUUAAGAAAAUAUAAUAUCAAAAUCUCUAAGAUAUAAGAAACAAAUUGACGUAAUGGAAUUACUGUUGUUCAAAAGAUCUUAAUAUCAAUAAUAAUAAUUAAGGAUUAUAGGGUGAAUAAUAAGAGUAUCCUUCAGAAAAUUAAACUUAAAAUGUCUUAUUAAUUUUAGGAGGACUUUUAGUAUUUAUCUUAAUUGGUGUUUUUGCAGCUGGAACCUGA